ACCGACAUUCACGCACAAUUUUGGCCUUCCCGCACUGCCUGAAUCAUGAAGAUUUGGGGAUACGCCGCUGUCACUUUGGCGCAAUAUAUCUGACUAUGCGCUUCUUCAUGUAUCCAACACGAGGUGAUCAUGGCGCUAUGGUAAGAUGUCGCACAAAGGCCACUUUGUCCUCUUUCUUUUUUUGAUUCUUAUCGCACAUGCUUCAUGUAUGCUCUAAGACAACAAUAGGCAUAGUUAACGCUCAUGUGCCAACAAGGCGCCUCACCGACUCUUCACCUACAUAUUGACAGAAAGCAUAAUAGCCACUCGCGUCCCCAAUUUCCCCGCACUUAAAACACACCGUGGAUAUCGCAUUUACUCGUCGUCCAUAGAAAUAUCCAUAACACAUCGUCCUCCUCCCGUUUUCUCGUCUCUUCGAAACAGCAAACAGAGCUCCAUCGGAACGCUAGCCACCGCUACUCAGACAUCGACAUAUCGGUUCCCCACACGACCCCGCACCGCCAAACAUUCAGCGAAAAAUGGCCAAAGAAACCUCAUUCCGCGUCUGCAUUGCCUUCCUGCUCAUUGUGCAAAUCGCCUGCUGGUCUCUUACUCUUCUCGAUCUGCUACACCCGGGAAAGCCACACGCCGUCAUGCGCACUACCAUGGACCUCGUCUCGAUAUACUUCUCAAGGCAGUCCAGCGCUUUGCUGUCAUACCGCGACAUGAAGAGCUUGGUGUACUGAAUGAGCAGAUGGUGAACGAAUGCGACUACAGACUUGAGAAUGCGAAAUACGGCAUGGAUGACACGAACGCAAUCACGAGACAAUACAUAUCACGAAGCAACCAAACGACACCGUCCAGGACGGUAGAGGCCGCUAUACGAUAGAUCAGACGACGAGGUGUGCCAAGAAUGAAGCAGGUGACGGAGGAGCGGUGUACGAAGACACCAAGCGCAGGAGCCGAGCCGAGCAGCUGGAUAGCGGUAUUGGUAAAAUUGGAGGAGAGAACUAGCGGGGUUGCCGCAUAUGCAGGAGCCGAAGCGGUUCAGGUCGAUCAUUGUUAGGCGUGUUGAAGCUUUGUGCUAAUUGAGGGCCAUAUCAAUCUACAACCACAU